GGCCCUGCCGGGGCGGGGCUUCAGCCCACGGCGUUUUCCCCAGCUUAGAGCCCCCACCCCCCCCACCCCCGCCGUCCAGAGGCAGUAUACGAGCGCUGUCCUAGGCCCGGUCUCGGCAUGCCAGUCACGCUGCCUCUGCCCUGGGGCUCUCUUCCCCUUUUCAGACCCGGACCUCACUUACCACCGCGGCGCAGGUGGACGCGAGCGCAGAGGCCUCCGAGAACAAGGCCAGCGCAGACUUCCCAGUUCCAAAUUGGCGCUGGCGCUCGGCUCCACCCCCGCGCGGACGGACGGUCCCCUCGGCCAAUCGGAAGAGUCGCUCUCCCUUGCCCCGCCCCUCGCCUCGGGGCUCCAGCGCCCGAAGCCCCCGUCCCGCCUUCCAAUGCUCUCCCCGUGGGGCGCAGGCGCAGUGCUGUCUCCGUCUGGUUUCGCUUGAGCAUCCGCGGGAAUCGCCGCUACCCCGCAAAGGCUGCUCCCCAGCAGAGGCCCGAGCGGGGGCGGGGCGCGGCGGAGCGGCAGCUGCGCCGGCGCAGAGCGAGCGCCAGCCGCGGCCCCUCCCCUUCCGCGGGAGCUCCCAGCGGCAUUUUUUUCUUCCCUGCGGGUAGUUUUAUCCCUGGCUCCGUGGGAAACCGGAGCCGCAGGCUCUCGUGGGCGUGAAGGCCAGGGAGCCUGCAGGGCUUGGGGGGCCCGAGCCCUCCCGCUGCUCAGCCCCGCCGCCAACCUCCGCGCCGCGGCUCCUGGGGCCCACGCCAGGUCCAGACUUGUUCAAUUGGGCUGGAAUAGGAAGAGGACCUCAGCGUGGGCUGGGAUCUGCCCUGGGAAAGAAGACAGACGAGGGAUUGGAAGCUUUGCCUGAUUCAGGAUUAGCUUAUAACUGACCCAAUGGCUAAAAGGAAAGAAGAUCAUUUUGUGCCCACUGGGACACAGAAGAAACAGAGGCAUGAGCAGGCGAGGCGUUCUGCAGAGGACAGCGAGGAGGAUGAGGUGGAGGAGCUCUCCCUGUCUCUGUCCCCCGGGAAUUCAGCUGCUCAGUCAAUGUCAGCUGAAGUCGGGAUUAUUGAGAGCAUCCAGCUGAAGAAUUUCAUGUGCCACUCGAUGCUUGGGCCUUUUAAAUUUGGAUCCAACGUCAACUUCGUGGUGGGAAACAAUGGAAGCGGUAAGAGUGCAGUCUUGACGGCUCUCAUAGUUGGUCUUGGAGGAAAAGCCACAGCCACCAAUAGGGGCUCCUCUUUGAAAGGGUUUGUGAAAGAUGGCCAGAGUUCUGCGGAUGUCUCAAUAACACUGAGGAAUAGAGGGGAAGAUGCGUUCAAGCCAAACGUGUACGGGGAUGCGAUAACUGUGCACCAGCACAUCAGCGUGGAAGGCAGCCGCACCUACAAGCUCAAGGGCCAGACAGGAAACCUGGUUUCUGCCAAGAAGGAAGAACUUAUAGCGAUUCUUGAUCAUUUCAACAUACAGGUGGAUAAUCCUGUCUCUGUUUUAACCCAAGAGAUGAGCAAGCAGUUCUUGCAGUCCAAGAAUGAAGGUGACAAAUAUAAGUUCUUUAUGAAAGCGACCCAGCUGGAGCAGAUGAAAGAGGAUUACUCCUACAUCAUGGAUACUAAAGCCAGGACCCGGGACCAGAUAGAGCAAGGGGAAGAGCGGCUCCAUGAGCUCCGGCGUCAGUGCUUGGAGAAAGAGGAGCGUUUUCAGAGCAUUGCCGACCUGAGCGUGAUGAGAAAGAAGCUGGAGGAUCUGAAGCAGGAGAUGGCUUGGGCCCUGGUGGGCGAAUACGAGAAGGAAAUUGAAGAAAUGAAAAGCGACGUGAGUGUUGGAGAGCAGCGGACUGCCCGACUGACCCAGAAGCUGGAGGAGUGGCAGGCCAAAGUCAAUGUAGCCGAGGAAAAGUUUAAGGCUAUUCAGGAUAACUUGGAAAAGAUUAGCGAAGAGGCCAUUGCCCUGGAGCCCAAGUGCAUUCAAGCCAAGGAAGACCUGAUAAAUAAGAAGAAGGCUUACAAUGAUGCCGAGGUUUUACACAAUCGCUGCCGUAGUGAAUUUAGAGGAUUGGAGAGGGAUGGUGAGCAGCUGAGGAACCGAAUCGCGGAGCUCAAGAGGAGUGCCGAUCAGCGUUUGGAACCAGCGAGGCAGGAGAGGCAAAAGAAGAUUGCUGCGCUGAAGGAAAAGAUCGAGAGCUGUCAGGACCAGGAAGACCUCCUGGGACGAGAGAUAGAGCGCUUCCAGCAGACUAUUGAAAAGGACAAAGAAGAACGUUCCAAAAUCCUACAAGAAGUGGCCGAUGUGCAACAGUUCCUGAAUACCAAGCGGAAACACCUGCAUCACCUGAAGGAAACCAGGACCAAUCGGCUGAAGCAGUUUGGCUCCCAGGUGCCAGCCCUUCUGGAAGCCAUCGACGAGGCCUACAAGAAGGGGCAGUUCACUCGCAAGCCCGUGGGUCCACUAGGUGCCUGCAUCCGCCUGCGAGACCCCGAGCUCGCCUUGGCCAUCGAGUGCUGCUUAAAGGGCCUUAUUUUUGCCUUCUGUUGUCACAACUAUAAAGAUGAGCGAGUCCUCCAGGGGCUCAUGAAGAAGCUGUAUCCCCCAGCAUCUUCCCGCCCACAGAUCAUAGUCUCAGAGUUCCGAAAUGAAGUGUAUGACGUCACACGCAGAGCGGCUUAUCACCCGGAGUUUCCCACAGUGCUCACAGCUUUAGAAAUAGACAAUGCAGUCGUGGCCAAUAGCUUGAUUGACAUGAGGAGAAUAGAGACCGUGCUGCUAAUUAAAAGCAGCCCAUUGGCUCGUGCUGUGAUGCAGUCUCAGAAACCCCCCAAGAAUUGCAGUGAAGCUUUCACCGCAGAAGGCGACCAAGUGUUUGAGAGGCGCUAUUACUCAUCAGAAAGAACAAGGCCUCGCUAUCUCACUGGGGAUGUUGAGAAAGAAAUAAGCCAUUUGGAGAAGGAGGUGGAGAGCAGAGUGUCACAGCUGGCCACAUUGGAGCAGCAUGUGCGCUCUCUGGAGAGCGACCUUCGGAAGAAUCAGGAAUUGGUUGCCAGCCAUCACAGACAUCUGAAAGAACUCAAGAUUAAAGCCAGAAAAAUUGCUUUAGAAAUAAGAAAUCUUGAGAAUGAAGAAGAAAACCAGUCUGUGGACAUCUCGACUCUGGAGGAGGAAGACGAAGAGAUUAAAAAGCAGAUGCAGGAAGUGGAGGAGGAGAUGAAGGCUCGAAAGGAAGAGAUGGAGAAUCUAAGGAAACAGAAAACAGAUGCUGAGCAGACGUAUGAAGACUUCAAGUUGAAAAUCCAUCAGGUUUCUGAGUUGGCGGAGCCUGUGAAGGAAGAACUGAAUCAGGCCUAUGCAGAGGUGGACACCCAGAAGCGGUCGCUGCGCCAUUAUGAGGAGAGGCUCAAGCAGCAUGUGGACACUCUCCAGGCGAAGAAAGAGGAGCUGGCCAAGAUAGAGAGGGAGCUUGUGGAGAAAACUGCUCUGGCCAAAAAGAUCUGCCCUGAGCGAAUAGAAGUGAAGAAAACGCCUUCCGUUCUUGACAAAGAAAUUACUCGGCUGAGACAGAAGAUACAGACAGAAAGUGACAGUCACGGAGACAGGGAAGAGAUCAUCAGGCAGUACAAGGAGGCCAAGGAGACCUACCAGGACCUGGAUGGCAAGGUGAAGAGCCUGAAGAAGUUCAUUAAAUUACUGGAUGAAAUCAUGACCCAGAGAUACAAGACCUACCAGCAGUUCCGAAGGUGUCUCACCUUACGGUGCAAAUUGUACUUUGACAACCUGCUCUCCCAGCGGGCCUACUCCGGCAAGAUGCUCUUUGACCACAAGAACGAGACCCUGGCCAUCACAGUCCAGCCUGGAGAGGGGAGCCAAGCCGCUUUCAGUGACAUGCGGUCCUUGUCCGGAGGGGAGCGCUCUUUUUCCACCGUGUGUUUCAUUCUUUCUUUAUGGUCCAUCACAGAAUCUCCCUUCCGAUGCCUGGAUGAAUUUGAUGUCUACAUGGACAUGGUAAAUAGAAGAAUCGCCAUGGACAUGAUCCUUAAGAUGGCCGAUUCCCAGCACUACCGGCAGUUCAUCCUGCUCACUCCACAGAACAUGGGCUCUCUUCCCCCGAGUAGACUGAUAAGAAUACUCCGAAUGCGAGAUCCAGAAAGAGGCCAGAGAGCCCUGCCUUUCCAGGCGGCCAACAAAGACCAGGAGGAGGAUCAAAGCUGAUUCUCAUUGUGAUCGUGGUUGUCUUCUCAAAGCGUCUUCAGUGUUGCGUGUGAAGCUGUACUGCUUUAAAAAAAGAGUAUUUCGAAUUAAAAGUUGUUCAGAAAUUAAAGAAUCCUCUUUGUUCCCCUACUAGUAGAAUGUGUAUCUCAACCUUGAAUUCUUUGUGAAGAGAACCAGAAUCCCAUCUCCUCCAGUGUGUGUCUUGGAGAAAGCUCAGUGUUGUGACCCUUCCCCUCCUUCUUAGGCGAGUUGUGUAGACCAUCUGCAUGUACCUUGGCUGUGGGCUUAUGUUCACUCUGGAUUUUGCAGAUUCCCAAUAAAUGUUUCAGAGCA